UUCAAAUCUCCUUCCUUCUGGUCUGGUCCCGUGCACUGCGCGUUUGCCCGUGUUUCGGUGGAAAAACAUUUCAAACUCAAACACAAGUCUAGUCACCGACGACGACGACGACAGCGACGAUGCAAUGGACCAUCGAAUAACUCGCGAACAUUCGACGUGCGUGAAAACGGAAAGUCAGUGAAAACUCGGAACGGCCAAGUGCUUCUAUUGGAAAACAUCAGCCAGUGUUCUGUGCUAUGACUCAAUCGCUCAAGGACACGAUGAAGUCGGCAGGCAUUUACUUUCUCGUGAUCUGUGCGUUCCUGUUUACCUCGUUUUACAAUGUUGCCUCUGACGUGGCCAUCCAACGACCCGCGGCCGGAUCACCCGGCGUAGCAGGCACAGUGACCGGGACCACUGCAGCCGUAGUGCUAGCGAGCCAUUUGAAUGCAACGACGGUAGCAACCGGUAGCAGCAGCAGCAGCAGCAGCAGCAGUACCGUCUCACCCGUUCCGGCUCCAGCUACGGCGGAAAAGAAUGGCACUGCAGUCGACACUGCAUCAACGCUGCUGCUGUCAUCGGCGACUGCAACUGCGGCAAGCAGCAACAGCAGUGCAUCCGUUACCAUGUCACCGGAAAAGAGUGCCGUGGAGCAGGAACACUACAGCUCGAUGUCGAUAUUUUUCGUCCUGUGCGUAAUCGCGCUUGGCAUACUGCUGAUACACAUGAUGCUGCAGACCGGCUUCCAGUACCUGCCGGAAAGCAUUGUGGUCGUGUUUCUGGGCGCCCUGAUCGGGCUGAUCCUGAACGUAUCGUCCGUCAAGCACAUCGCCAACUGGGAACGGGAGGAGGUGUUUUCGCCGACCGCCUUCUUCCUAGUGCUUCUGCCACCGAUCAUCUUCGAAUCGGGGUACAAUCUGCACAAGGGCAACUUUUUCCAAAACAUCGGCUCGAUUCUGGUGUUUGCCAUCAUCGGCACGACCAUUUCGGCGCUGGUCAUUGGUUCCGGCGUUUAUCUACUCGGGCUAGCGGAGGUGGCUUAUCGGCUCAACUUUGUCGAAUCGUUCGCGUUCGGAUCGCUUAUCUCCGCGGUCGAUCCGGUGGCCACGGUAGCAAUCUUUCACGCACUGAACGUCGAUCCGGUACUGAACAUGUUGGUGUUCGGUGAGUCCAUCCUGAACGAUGCCAUUUCGAUCGUGCUCACCACGACGGUAAUGCCGAUGGUGUCCGACUCCGGUACCGACGCGAGCACGGGCGAGUCGAUCUUUUCCGCGCUCAACACCUUCUGCAUGAUGUUCUUUGCAUCGGCCGGCAUCGGUGUGGUGUUUGCGCUGAUGAGUGCCCUGCUGCUGAAGCACAUCGAUCUGCGCAAGCAUCCAUCGCUCGAGUUUGGCCUGAUGCUGGUCUUUACCUACGCACCGUACGUACUGGCCGAGGGCAUCCAUCUGUCCGGCAUUAUGGCGAUUCUGUUUUGCGGCAUCGUGAUGUCACACUACACCCAUUUCAACCUGUCGACGGUCACCCAAAUUACGAUGCAACAAACGAUGCGAACGCUUGCCUUCAUCGCGGAAACGUGCGUGUUUGCGUACCUGGGACUGGCGAUCUUUUCCUUCAAGCAUCGCUGCGAGCUAUCGUUCGUGAUCUGGGCGAUCGUACUCUGUCUGAUCGGGCGUGCUUGCAACAUCUUCCCGCUGGCGUGGUUGGUGAACCGGUUCCGCGAGCACAAGAUUACCAACCGUAUGGCUUUCAUCAUGUGGUUCUCGGGGCUCCGGGGUGCCAUUUCGUACGCGCUCUCGCUGCACAUGCAAUUCUCGACCGAAGAGUCCCGGCACGUCGUUAUCACGACCACGCUCAUUAUCGUCCUGUUUACGACACUCUUCUUCGGCGGUUCUACGAUGCCGCUCAUGAAGUAUCUGCAGGGUGGCAAGAAGGUGAAGCGGGCGUCACGUGCUGGCCGUGCCGGGCGCAAACGGAAGGAGAAGGCACUGUCGCUGAGUAAGACGCGCGAAUGGGGCCAAGCGAUCGAUUCGGAGCAUCUGUCCGAGCUGACCGAGGAGGAGGAGGUUAGCUUUACGCAGUCGCGAAUUGGUGGCUUUACCCGGUGGGAUCGGAAAUUCUUUACGCCUUUCUUUACGCGUCGCUUUACGCAUCAGGAACUUCACGAUUGCAAGAGCCAGAUGGCUGAUUUGACCAACAAAUGGUACCAGGCAAUAAGAAUAUCGCCCGACGAUCCGGACGAGGAGGAUGAAGAUGAUCCGGAUGCGGACGCGCUUUCGGAACGAUCCACCACCAACAUCGUAUUUCCCGGGCCGAGCAGUCGGGGCGGAAAAUCUUGAUCCAGUGAUAAACCGGGACAUGCAAUACGCUCGCUACCGAUUCCCUCGUCACCGACGGGAUCGUCUGUGGUGGAUCCGGCCCACGGUAAGGAAGCUGGCGUUGAUUGCCUUCCCGGCAACGAUGGGUUGUACGAUACGUCACCCUUGCGUACGGUCGACUUCCUGUAAGUGGUCGGCUUGCAUGUGCUGUGAAAUACGUUAUACGAACAGAACCAUACGUAAACCGGUCGCAUACUGGUCCGCGUGUGCAACGCAACAAAGCAGAAAAGGGGAGAACGUUUUAGCUAUUGUGUUUUUUAAUCUUAUAAACAAAUUACGUGUACGUAAAUGAAUAAUUGGGUGAUAAUUUGCUAGUCAAAAACGCAAACGGGGGUGGAAACGAACGAAUGGGAACAUUUUGCGCAGGGUAGUGGGGUAGCUAUUGUUUUUCCGUCUUCUCGAUACCACCCAAAUGAGGAUUGUUUGUAAUAGACAAGUACACAGCACAGCCAUAAUUAUUCACCCAGUAAAGAAUCUUACCCAGGCGGUACCACUGAAUCUAGUGUUUGCAUGAUAAUAGAUAGGGCCAAUAAUCAAGAACUGUAUUGUACCGUAGCACAUGCAAAAUAUUGAACAUUUAAACAUUGAAAGCUCAUUUAUAGUAUGGUAUCGCGGUAAGACAAAAAAAGAAUGGGUAGACAGAAACGUUUCGACGCACAAUAAGUAUUGUUAUUAGGAGAGCAUGGUGCAAAUGUCGCUUGAAUUUACGCUUACAACAAUACCAUUCUCACUAUCGGUACAGGGCAAUAGGUAGCUCAGCGUGGAACACGCGCGUGACAUUCGUGUGCUCCUUUCCAGAAUCUAGCAUCAACUCAGCUCCUCGGUAACAUUUAGAGAUUUAAGUUUUUCCCACCUUUCCGUUUUCCUUUACUCUCCCCUCAUACCCCCCUUUCGCCUCAGUGAGCUACAGUUCGAAAGAGUUGUUCAGCUUGUUUGUUAUUCCUUUCCUCUCUGUACGGAAUUUUGUUUGUGUCUCUAAGCUAUUAUCGUUACAAAUAAACCAAACUGUUUCGCAAGUAAAGGCAGCGCAACUACAACGUG